AUCGAAUGCUCGUAUAAGAAAAACAAAAAUCUUAUCCUCUACCGUGGCGGUCCAAUCAUUUUAGUCCAGAUAAUAAAACUUAAAAAAGCCCUAAAAACCUUAUAAAAUCGUUUUUGCACGUCUAGAAUGAUUCUGCAAAACAUUCUAAUUGCUAUCUGUGCUAUCAGCCUCCAACUAGCUUGUGCUCAUGAAGCUAAGGACUUCGAUGACUCGAUUCUUUACAAAAUUGAAUUCGAACUACCUCCAGAUCUGAAUGAUGAAGACUUCAAUUCGAAAUACCAACUUUCAAAAUUUCACACCCACGACAAUGAGGAGUACUCGUGCGCCAUUCCAAUUGCUGAGGAAAGUCGUGAGGAAAAGAAUUUAGAUUACACUGGAUUGUCUCCUCUGCAACUUAUUCAGCCCAUGUUCUCAUCUAUAAGUUGUUCCUAUCGCAUUGAAGCUUAUUGGUCUUAUGAAAUCUGUCACGGUUUCCACAUCAAACAAUAUCACGAAGAAAGAGAAGGCAAAAGCGUCAAAUUCCAGGAAUACUACCUCGGCCGUUGGAGUGAUGAUAAACAAGAAAAACUAACCCAAAAGCUCGCCCAAGAUCGCAAAGAUGGAAUUCAAUUCAAGACCACACGAAUCGACAACGUUCACUAUCCCUAUUUAGAACUUGACAUGGGCAAUGGAACCCUCUGUGAUCUCAACAACGAGCCACGAACAACAAAGAUUCGUUACGUCUGCUAUCCACAUGGCAAAAAUGCCAUCUAUUCCUUCAAAGAGACCUCAAGUUGUAACUACGAAGCGAUCAUCUUAACUUCCUCUCUCUGCCUGCAUCCCGCCUUCUUACCUGAAGAAUCUAAAGAAAUCCCAAUUAAAUGCUUCAACUCUCCCGAAGUUGCUAGGAAGCCAUUGAGCUUGUUGAAGCAGAACUUGGAGGACUUUCAAAUGACCGAUCUCAGCAAAAUCGAUGUUUUCGGAAACAAUCGACAAUUCUCGGUGGAUGGCUUGAAUGUUGCCGAUUUACAGAAGGUUCUUGCGGGAAUGGCCUCAAAACCAUUCGUUAUUUCAGAAGACAUCACUGUCUCCCCAUCUGCAGCUUUUGGAGAUGAAAUCGAUUUGCCCAAGAGAAAAGUCGACUUUGCUCGAGAAGAAUACGAAGCUCUGUAUGAUUUUCUCUUUGGAAAUUGUUUAAUUGGGGGCACCGGAUGGUGGAAGUAUGAAUUCUGCUUUGGUCGUCAUGUUCGCCAGUUCCACAAAGACAAGAAAUCCGAGACAGAAGUUAUGUUGGGCUACUUCAAGGAGGACUUACACCGGGAUUGGUUGAAAUCCCACCCUGCCAAACGGUUGCGUCGAAAUCCCAAUGAUGCCGACACAACCCUCUGGAAUCACUAUGGAGCCGGUAGUCGAUGUGACAAGACUGGCAACCUUCGUGAGACCGAUGUCAAGUUGAUGUGUGUUGCAUCGUCAUCGACUUCCUCGGUCUCCAUGUAUUUGCUUGAGCCAAAAACAUGUCAGUAUAUUUUGGUUGUGGAGUCUCCAAUGGUGUGUCCAUUGAUUAAUAUGGUCGACGAGGAUGGUUUGAUCUCAAAACCUGGUUUUACAAAGUAUAUUUACGCUUUGAUAGCCAAAUCCAAAGAAACCACAGAGGGCUUUGAGAAGAAAUCAGAAGAGGAAGGUGAAGCAGGCAGUGUAUCGCUUCUGACAGACGAUGCAGCCGCCGACGAAGGACCUACUGCUGUUUUCGGUGUUUAGAUAAAAAGAUUAUUUAAGAUAUUCCCCGAAUCCUGUAAAUUUCUGGGAGCUAUUUAAAUAAAUUUCUUAUUUUAUUUAUAAAA